AUGGGUUGCUUUCCACCAAGCGUUUGGAUCAGAAUCUGUAUGGACUUGUAUUUGGAAGGGGGAUGGGUAUGA